GAUAUUUCGUUCGACUGGUAGGGUGUCGAGUGAUUUAACUUGGGAGUGGAAACAUUUGAGCCUUUGAGGCUUGCCUUGAGGUUGAGCACUCAGGACUCAACUCUCGACCUCAGUUGUCACCCGCUGUUCCUUGGGUGCGCAUCGUUUCGUGUUGUGACUGUUAUGCAGAAGGGACGAGUUUGCGAUUGAAUUUUAAUUAUGUAAAUCGUUGCGGAAUUUGUCGCAAUGCCCGGGCCCAGGUUCUUUCAGGCCGGAUUGUAUUGAAAUGGGGGCGGAUUCGCCUAUCUUCAGCUACUAUGCUGUUCAGACCCUUAAACUCCGGAAAUGGUCUCUUCGUCUUCGCCGUCGUCCUCCUCCUGGUCUUCAUCGGCACCUUCGUACAGUUCAAGUUCGUCAGGCUUGAAGAAAACACAGCCGCUUUAGAUGGGGGAAAAAUUGUUUCAGAGGCGAAAAUUGCCAGGUUGCAGAAUGCGUACAACAACCAGCUUGCAGAGGAGGCAAAGGGGCAUACUUUAAAGAGGAAAGCAUCCCAAAACGAUAUCCUAAUCUACAACCGAGUUCCAAAAACGGCCUCAACAAGUUUGGUCAAUGUCGCUUAUGACCUUUGCAAGCGUAACGGGUUUAACGUUCUACAUCUCAAUAUCACAGGGAACAUUCGUGUCAUGUCAAUUGCAGACCAGGCAAGAUUCGUCCACAAUGUAACACACUGGGAAGCAAAAAAACCUGGGCUUUACCACGGUCAUGUCGCUUUCAUCGAUUUUGAAAAGUUUGGCUCAAGUCAGAGACCGAUAUACAUAAAUUUGCUUCGUAAGCCUCUGGACAGGCUUAUUUCGUACUACUAUUUCAUACGUUUCGGUGAUAAUUAUAGACCACAUCUGAUAAGAAGAAAACACGGAGAUAAAAUGACUUUUGAUGAGUGCGUCAAGAAGAAACAGCCUGACUGCAACCCAGAGAAUAUGUGGCUUCAGAUCCCUUUCCUUUGCGGACACAUGCCUGAAUGCUGGGAAGUGGGAAAUAACUGGGCUUUGGAAGAGGCCAAGAAAAAUUUACUCACUCGCUAUCUGCUGGUUGGUGUAACUGAGCAACUUUCAGACUUCGUAGCGGUGCUGGAAGCCACCUUGCCCACCUUCUUCCGAGGCGCAGUCCAACAUUUUAAAUCGAGCAAAAAAGCUCAUCUCCGGAGAACGAAUCAGAAGUUAGAGCCGAGCCAGGAGACGAUAGAUGAAAUACAGAAAUCGAAGAUAUGGAAAAUGGAGACCGAACUCUACGAGUUUGCCAUUGCUCAAUUCGAGGACGUCAAACGACGCAUGGGUAAAGGCAAAGACGGCCUAGUUUAUGACAAAGGCCAACAAUUUAUGUACGAAAAGAUUAGUCCCAAACAGGCUGUAAGUUUUUAAAAAAAAAUCAUUAUUAAAAGUUAAGUUAAUAUAUCAUUCCGAACUAACAGAGUGGCACUAGUUCUUUGGGAGUAAACAUUUAUUGAAUUACAGGCGAAAUUUUUAGAAAAUAUUCAGGAUUUCUUUUUUAUGUUGUCAAUAAUCCUGAAGUUUUUUCUAAGAAAUAUAAAAAUAUAUUUUUGUAACUUUUUACAUGAUUUCAUGUGUUUUUUAGAUUGUAAACAUACUUAUUUUUGUUAUACUUUUUUUUUCUCAAUUAUAAGUGCCAUACUAAAAUGCAUAUAAAAUAUAGAAUGGUACGUCAUAUCACAUGCAACUCAAUCACUACCAAUAUAAUUGACUGACAGACAAAUUCAUAUCAGGACUAGAUUUAAGAGUGUUAAAAUAGAACACGUUUUUACAAGUAGGUCAGUAGAUAUUUAUACUUGCAAUUUAAUUGUUUUAUACGGAUCAAAAACAAGUGAACCAUCAUCCUUUUUAUUAUUAUUAUCCAACCUGUAGAUCGCUCAUUAAAUACCUUGACAGGUAUUCAAAUUUAAUAACAUUACUUAAUAGUAUUCAAUGUGUAUGAUAGAUUUUUAUUACAAUCUCAGCCGGAUGAGAAAUGGGCUUUUAUUUUAAAAUAAAUUUCAAAAUGAAUUGUGGGCUGUGAUUGAUUUUGGUCUCUUUUUCAAAUCUUUAACCACUAACUUAUUUUUUUAAAUUUUGUUUAUUUUUUGUAUGAUAUAUUCCAUUCCCGUGUAAUUUUGUUAAGUGUGCGCAAAGCCCGGAUCUCUCCUUUUGAGAAAGAAGUGUCUUUGAGUUGAAAGUCAAUUAAGAAGAAGAAGAAAAACUUUAUAUUUUGAUCAUUUCUUUUAACGCAGUAUUUCAGUUGUUGAAUAAAAUUACAUUUUCAGUAUUUUCACGAGAAAAGCAAGUACCUUAUAUUUUCACAAAAUUGUUGAUAACGUUUUUUUCUUGGUUCAUGGAAAAAAAAAUCAAAAGCAUAAUUAUUAUAGUCUUCAUUGCGUACCUGACAUUAACGUAGACUAUUCAAAUGUUUCUAUUGGGUAGUGGUAGUAAAAUAAGUUUUUCUUUUUUUGCAUAUAUAUUUUUGUUUAAAUUGUUAACAAAAAUACAUAUUUUGCUUUAAUCAUGCCGUUAUUUUUACUUUAGUUUUGGUGGUGAGGUAAGGGUUUUUAAUGAAAUAAAAGUAUUAAACAUAAAAUUUGCUUUAAUAGUUCUCACUUAAUCAAGUACUUAAUAGUUCUACAUUUCCCUAGAUUUUUGUUUAUUUAAAUCAAAUUUUAUGAAUUAAUUUGGAAACAGAAAAGUAUUAUGUUAUGUAAUAUAUUUUUUAAUCCUUUGGUAUUAUGUUGUAACUACAAGUGAAAAAUAAAGUAUUACAACAA